AUGAAUGAUCGCGCACAAAUUCGUGGCGUUAAUUCACCGACAACAUCCUAUGGUGGUGUCCUGGACACGGAAGUAGCCGCCGGUUCGGCCAUACAACCAUCCAGCAGCAAUGGUAUAACAACAGGACCCAGAAAACUCGAUAAAGCACCACUAAUGAAAGAUUCGGAUAUGCGGAUAAACGCCGGUGGGACCUCUUCACGUAUGUACGCCGAAGAGCGACCGCAUCUUCGUUUUGUUGUCGGUCAGUUAGGUUUUCUGCACACAGUUGGCCAGCUUGUUCUUGCUUAUACAAUUGUCAUGUUGACCGUUCUCUCACUCUGUGCUAUCUCUUCAAAUGGGGCUAUCGAAGGCGGCGGAGUGUAU